ACCAUCACCAUCCUAGGCAACGGUCACCAUUCACCCACCACCUCAACUGCUGCCGGUUCCCAGACCCCGCUUCCUCGAGAGUACUUAAUUGUCUCCUCUCCCCCUCUUCCCCAUUCCUGAACCAUCUUCCUUCCACCACAAGAUGAGCGGCACAAUGCGAGAUCUGAUCCAAGGAGAGGCCGACGUUGACGACGAAGAGAAUGAUGAGUCCUUCGACGAGGACACCGGCGAACCUAUUUCUGGCAAAUCGCGUAUCAAUGGGGAGCUGGACGACUCGAGCGAAGAGGAGGAAGAUGACGAUGAUGAGGAGGCUGCUCGCGCGGUUCGCGAGGGCUUUAUCAUCGAUGACGAAGACGAGGAGCCGGAGGAACGAGAGCGCCGUCGUCGAAAAGACAAGAAACGAAGACGGGCUGAGCGCGAGGAGGAAGAAGCAGUGUUGGACGAGGAAGAUUUGGAUCUCAUUGGAGAGGCAAACCCUGAAUGGGAAAGGAAAACCGCAGCACAGCCAAAACUCAAGCGCCUUAAGCGUGGACAUCGAGACGAUGGCGAACAACAUCGAGAGCGUGGCCUGGACGAGAUCUUCUCAGAUGAUGAGGAACUUGAUGCGCCGCAUGAGUUCGAACGCGGAUUUGCCCGACCAGAUCACCACCGAGUUGACGAGUUCGCGGACUUCAUCGAGGAAGACGAAUUAGAAGAUGAAGACGAGAGGCAGAGACAUCAGGAGGAGAUGGAGGUUGCCCGUCCACGAGAGAGAGGAUAUGUUGGCGGAGCAGAAGCAACUGGCCUUGAUAAGGAUGCCUUGGACGACAUGGAGGCCAUAUUUGGGAAUGGGGAAGACUACGACUGGGCUUUGGCCCUUGAGGAUGAGGCAGAGGCCAGGGAGGCUGGUGAUCAUAAUCUGGAACUGAAGGAUGUCUUCGAGCCGUCACAACUUUCAGAGAAGCUUCUCACGGAUGAGGACAACCAGAUUCGAUGGGCAGACGAGCCAGAACGAUUCCAGCUGGACCGAUUACCAUAUAAGAAUCUCCAAAUCACUGAUGAUCAAUUCAAGGAGGAAGCUCGUUGGAUUACCAGCCUUAUCUGGCCAAAGAAGCAACUGCACAGCGAUCUUCAGGGCCCUUUUACAAGAGCGAUUGGCAAAGUUUUGGAAUUCUUCGUAGUCGACGAGGUGGAGGUCCCAUAUGUCUUCCAACAUCGCAAAGACUACCUCAUCCAUGCUACCAGGCUUCGGGAUAACAAUAACGCUGACCAGGAUGAGAUCGUUGUCAGUGCCGAGAAGCUGUUGAACCAGGACGAUCUCUGGCGUGUACUCGAGCUUGAUUUGAAGUUUCGGGCUCUGAUCGAAAAACGAAAUGUUCUGGAGAAGACCUACGAUAACUUGAAAUUAGCUGCUGGUGUGGGAGACCCGACUGUCGAGGCUAUGCUUCCCAUUGCGGUCACCAUGGAAGAACUACAAGAUAUUCAAGACUACAUCUACUUUCAACAUUCCACAGAGAUCAAGGACUUAGCUGCCACGAACGGUGAGUUAAAAGAGAAGCGACGGCCCGGAGGCAAAUCCACGAUUUUUGAUCGCAUCAGGAGAGGGAAAGCAUACCAUCUUGUUCGAGCAUAUGGUAUAACUCCUGAUCAAGUCGCUCAAAACGCCUUACGAGAAGGCAGAAAACAGUACACCGAAGAUUCAUCUCUCACGCCAAUCGAUCUCGCCGACACAUUGAUCUCUGAUAGCGAAUUCAAUACUGGCGAUGGGGUCUUGCUUGCUGCACGCCAGAUGUUCGCCGAGGAGCUGUUCGUUAACCCCCGUAUGCGAAAGCAUUUCCGUAUGAGCUACUACAUAAUGGGAGUUAUCAAUUGUCACAGAACUGAAAAGGGUCUUCGGAAGAUUGACGAGCAACAUCCGUACUAUGAGCUCAAGUACCUCAAAAACCAGACUUUUAGCGACAUUGCCAACAAGCCUGAGAUAUUCUUGAAGAUGUUGAAGGCCGAGGAAGAAGGGCUUCUAGAGGUUAAGGUUUCACUACAGAGCGAACGAGAGUUUCGAAAGCAGCUCUUUGCUGAAUUUGCAUCCGAUAACUUCAGCGAACUUGCCGAUGCUUGGAAUGACGAACGCCAGAAGGUUCUUGAUAUUGCGUUUGAAAAGCUUGAGCGGGUUAUCACUAAGGGUGUUAAGGAGAGCAUGAGGACUGAAUGUCAAGAUUCCAUCCUCAAAAUCUGCCGAGAAGAAUACUCGAAAAAGCUCGAUCAAGCACCCUACAAACCGAAAGGCAUGAUUCUCGGUACGAUUCCUCGAGUGUUGGCAUUAUCAAAUGGCAAUGGCGAUCCCAAUCGCGACGCAGUCUGCUGGGCCUGGGUAGAAGAAGAUGGGAGAGUAUUGGAGCACGGCAAAUUUGACAAUCUCUCUCGUGAUGAGAGGUCCAGAGAAGCUUUUGUCGAAUUGGUUCAAAGAAGGAAGCCAGACGUGCUUGGUAUUGGUGGUUUCUCAGUUGAGACACACAAGCUCAUCACCAGCAUUCGCGAUUUGGUCGCGGAGAAGGACCUGAGAGGGGCGGACUUCGAAGAUCCAGAUUCCGGCGAAGAUCGGAGCGAACCACUUGAGAUUGUAGUGGUCAACGAUGAAGUUGCUCGACUGUACAAAGAUAGCCCGCGUGCUGCCAUCGAUCAUCCCACCUUCACUUCACUUACCCGAUAUUGCGUUGCUUUGGCUAAGUACUUGCAAAAUCCAAUGAAGGAGUAUGCUGCACUUGGGAAAGAUAUAGUCUCGUUGUCGUUUCACCCAUGCCAGCAACUCCUCCCUGAAGAUAAGCUUCGGAAGCAGCUGGAUACCGCCAUGGUUGACAUGGUCAAUCUAUGUGGUGUUGACAUCAACGAAGCCAUAGCCGACGCAUAUACAGCGACCUUGCUACCAUUUGUCUGCGGUCUUGGACCAAGAAAGGCAACUGCUGUUCUCAAGACAAUCAAUGCUAAUGGUGGUGUUGUGAACACUCGAGACGAGCUUGUGGGUGACCCUGACAGCGGAAAACUCCCUGUCGUUGGACCGAGAGUGUGGAAUAAUUGCGCCAGUUUCCUGUCCAUCGAGUACGACAGCUCUUCGCCAACAUCAGACUACCUUGACAAUACUCGAGUGCAUCCAGAAGAUUACGAAUUGGGCCGUAAGAUGGCUGCUGAUGCUUUAGAAUUGGAUGAAGAAGAUGUGAAGGCUGAGGUUGAUGAAGGCGGCCCUGGUGCUAUUGUUCGCAAACUUAUCAAGGAUGACGAACAAGAGAAGGUUAACGAUCUGAUCUUAGAAGAGUACGCUGAGCAGCUCGAGCGGAACUACAAUCAACGCAAACGAGCAACUCUUGAGACAAUCCGUGCGGAACUCCAACAACCUUACGAAGAACUGAGGAGAAACUUCUCCAUUUUGUCCGAAGAUGAGAUCUUCACGAUGCUCACUGGAGAAACUCGAGAAUCUCUAUGCGAGGGAAUGAUUGUUUCAGUCAACAUUCGAGUGGCAAAGGAGGACUUUGUCAUCGCGAAGCUGGAUUCAGGUAUCGAAGGCCGGGUUGAGCCGCAUGAAGGUUCAGACCUGCCUGACAUACCACUCAACCGUAUCUUCCAGAUGGGACAGACUGCCCAGGCUAAGCUUCUUGAACUUGACAGACGAAACUUCUCUGCGAGGCUCUCUCUUCGCGAGGAGGCGCUGCGGGUCCCGUUCAGAAGACGAGUCGAUCACGAUCCCGGUACUUGGGACGCGGUCCAGGAACACAAGGACAAGGAGGAGCUUCGAGAGAAGGACAAGGCGACUGGUCGAACUCAACGUGUUGUCAAGCAUCCUCUUUUCAAACCUUUCAAUUCAACACAGGCAGAAGAGUAUCUCGGUUCGCAGGCCCCUGGCGAUGCUGUGAUUCGCCCUUCAUCCAAAGGCAACGAUCAUCUUGCCAUUACCUGGAAAGUCGCUGACGGUAUCUAUCAACACAUCGAUGUCCUCGAAUUGCAAAAAGAGAAUGAAUUUUCUGUUGGGCGUCAGUUACGAAUUGGCGGGAAGUACAAUUACAGCGAUCUCGACGAAUUGAUUGUCGAUCACGUCAAAGCCAUGGCGAAGAAAGUGGAUGAAUUGAUGCAGCACGAGAAGUAUCAAAAUGGCAGCAAGGCUGAUACAGAGAAAUGGUUGACUACAUAUACGGAAGCCAACCCAAAGCGCUCUGUAUAUGCUUUCUGCCUGGAUCCACGACAUCCUGGGUACUUCUACCUUUGCUUCAAGGCUGGACAAGGCGCGAAGGUCAACGCCUGGCCGGUGCGAGUGGUGCCCAAUGCUUUCGAGCUGUUGAAGAGUCCUUAUCCCGAUAUGAAGGCCCUGUGCAAUGGCUUCAAAUUGCGGAUGAUGAGUAGUGACCCGAAUCGGCCUCGUUGAGAUGGAAGGGAAGAUCUUUAUGAAUGGGAGGAGUUAUAGACUGGUAUCACAGACAUUUCCGCCCCUUGUACUAAAAGUAUCGGAGAACAGGAAAUCAUGGCGAGCAUUUUAAGGGGUAAAAUCGGUUCCAGGCGGCUACGCUUCUAGAAGCAUACCGGCUGAAGUCCAUAGCAUUGAUCUACGUGGCGAUGAAUAAAAUUCUCCAUCUUUUCUUCGGACU